AACAGCUGGGGGAAGAAGCUGACAAGGAAACGUUCAGCUAUAAACUCUAAGGCUCUCAACUGCAGUGAACAGAACUGCAGAUCUGGCUCAUCUCCCUAGAACUUUGUCAUUGAACCACUUGGCUUUGUUAAGUAGGUUGCUUUUAAAUGUUGAACCAAGACUUUGUAAACACGGCUUGCAAUAAAGCCCAUGAGACUUUGGAAUUUGACUACUGAGGCAUUUUAUUCCAUUCCAGCUGGUUAUUAAAUUACCACUACUAUAGCGUUUAAAGCCCAUUACCUGACCACAACCUUACGACUCUCUUAUCUUUUGCCCCACUGAAAGCCACUGACUGACCAACUCUGUGACAGGAGACCAUGGCAAAGAAGGUGGCAGUGAUUGGAGCUGGUGUCAGUGGACUGAUCUCUCUGAAGUGCUGUGUGGAUGAGGGACUCGAGCCCACCUGCUUUGAGAGGACCGAAGAUAUUGGAGGACUGUGGCGGUUCAAAGAAAAUGUGGAAGAUGGCCGAGCGAGUAUCUACCAAUCUGUCAUCACCAACACCAGCAAAGAAAUGUCCUGUUUCAGUGACUUUCCAAUGCCUGAAGAUUUCCCAAACUUCCUGCACAAUUCUAAGCUCCUGGAGUAUUUCAGAAUCUUUGCCAAAAAGUUUGAUCUUCUAAAAUAUAUUCAGUUCCAGACAACCGUCCUCAGCGUGAAAAGAUGCCCGGAUUUCUCAUCCUCUGGCCAAUGGGAGGUUGUCACCGAGAGCAAAGGCAAGGAGCAAAGUGCCAUCUUCGAUGCAAUUAUGGUUUGCAGUGGCCACCACAUCCUCCCUCGCAUCCCACUGGAGUCAUUUCCAGGUAUAGAGAGGUUCAAAGGCCAGUAUUUUCACAGCCGCCAAUACAAGAACCCAGACGGAUUUGAGGGGAAGCAAGUCCUGGUGAUUGGAAUAGGAAACUCAGCCUCAGAUAUUGCCGUUGAGCUGAGCAAGAAGGCUUCUCAGGUGUUUAUCAGCACCAGGCAAGGUUCCUGGGUCCUCAGCCGUAUCUCUGACUGUGGCUAUCCCUGGGACAUGGUGUUCCACACCCGGUUUCGCUCCAUGCUCCGAAAUGUCCUGCCACGAGCAGUUCAAAAAUGGAUGUUGGAACGGCAGAUGAAUCAGUGGUUCCACCAUGAAAAUUAUGGACUUGAGCCUCAAAACAAAUACCUUAUGAAAGAACCUGUACUAAAUGAUGACCUUCCAAGUCGUAUACUCUAUGGAGCCAUCAAGGUGAAAUCAAGAGUGACAGAGCUCACGGAAACUUCUGCCAUCUUUGAGGAUGGGACAGUGGAAGAGGACAUUGAUGUCAUUGUCUUUGCAACAGGAUAUACAUUCUCUUUUCCCUUCCUGGAAGACUCGCUUGUGAAAGUAGAGGAUAAUAUGGUCUCGCUAUAUAAAUACAUGUUUCCUCCUCACCUGGAGAAGGCAACCCUGGCCUGCAUUGGUCUCAUCCAGCCCCUAGGUUCCAUUUUCCCAACUGUCGAACUUCAAGCUCGUUGGGUGACGAGAGUUUUCAAAGGCUUGUGUACCUUGCCCUCAGAGAGGGCUAUGAUGGAAGACAUUAUCAAGAGGAACAAAAACAGAAUUGACCUGUUUGGAGAGAGCCAGAGCCAGAUUCUGCAGACCAAUUACAUCGAUUACCUGGAUGAGCUCGCCGAGGAGAUAGGUGCGAAGCCAGACCUCCUCUCUCUCCUGUUCAAAGAUCCUAAACUGGCUGUGAAACUCUAUUUUGGACCCUGCAAUUCCUAUCAGUAUCGCUUGGUGGGGCCUGGACGAUGGGAAGGAGCCAAGGGGGCCAUCCUCUCCCAGAAACAGAGGAUGCUGAGGCCUCUAAAGACGCGCACUCUAGAGCCGGCUUCGAACUUCCCAGUUUCCCUCCUGCUGAAAAUCCUGGGGCUUCUUGCUGUUGCUUUGGCCUUUUUUUUCUAACUUCAGGGUACUAAUCCAUCAGCUUUUGGCUUUAUUAUCAGUCAGUACCAGUUAAAGAAAAAAAAAGACAGAAAGAAAAAAUAUUAAAUAUAUAUUCUAAAGGUUAGAGUUGAGAGGGAAGGAGUAAGAGAGGUAACUGUGGAGAAUUAGCAGGAUUAGGACUAUGUAUGAAACUAAAAUAGUGCCAUGAAAUGUCUUUGCCAUUUCACUCUUCCCUCAAGUUAUCUAGACUCUCCAAAAAGAACAAUCAAAUAAUACAGGCUAAAUAGUAUCACCAGCCCUGAUAUAUAUAAAUUUCUGCCAGCUGUGCAGAAAACAGCAGAAUUACACAGAAUGAAGAGCAGGCCCCACUGUUUAAAUCACUGGAAAUUUUAAGUUACAGGUACAUAUUUCAAUGCCUGUGUGAUGUUCUGAACAGUCUUUCUAUCCAGACUAUUUGGUGACAAAGUUCUCAGACAUUCGGUCACACUCCAUUUGCUUGGUGGGAAAUCACUCAAAAAUACUGGAGAAAAAAAUGAAAAUAGACUUUAAAGCCACGGCAAUACUCAGGCAGCUCUAAGAGUCUCAUAUCGAAAGCCAAGCAUUUCUUAUAAUUCUUGUAUUUUCUUAUAUUUUUCUUAUAUGUUGACAGAAAAACUGCUGUAAAAUAAAAAUAAACAUCCCAUGAUAGUUACGUACUAUAUACUUAGUACUUAUUAUAGACUAGACAUUGUGCUCUGUGCACAUUAUGUGUAUUAUAUCAUUUAAUUAUCACAACAAUUCCGGGAGAUGGGUGCAGCUAUUAUACCGAGUUAGCGGAUAUGAAAUUGAGAUUCAUACCAAUUGAGUGACAUGCACAAGACCAUACAGGUGGUCUUACGAUGAAGCUGGGAUUAGAACCCAGAUUUGCUUGACCUCAGAACUAAAGACAUAACCUUUCCCUAUAAUAUACUUAAUUACAAAAAUCCCUAGUAUUGAUAAAGUACUGAGCAGUGUAUAUUAUUUACGAUCAUAUAUAUAUAUUUUUUUUUGGAGGACAGCACUCCUUGUAAAUAUAAUCCGAUUAUAUUUGGUUUAUAAUUCAGCUAAACCUAAGAAGCAUUUGAAGUAAUUUUACAGUGAAAGGUACCUAUGCAAUAACAUUUAAGAUCAUCAUUGACAUUUUGGAAAAACAAUCACCAAGGAGGAAAAGUAUAUUUCCCAAGUAGAUGAAAAGCAUUAUGAAAACUGAGUCUUGUAUUUAGUUCUAACCUUACAGAUAACCUAGGCAAAAAGUUAAUCAUAUGUAAUAUUUGUCAUCUGAUCAAAGGACGCAGACCAGUUUGUCAGGAAAGACAAACAUUUUCUUGAAACUGAAGUCCAAAAAAGACCCAAGCAAUUCAAUGUCAAUAGACAUUGAGCAAUAAACAUCUGAUUAUGAAACAUGCACUGCACACCCACUGAGCUUUGGGAGACAAACGCUGCCAUAGGCCCAGACCAAAGCCUCCAAAAAGAGGUAAAAGGUCAGAGGUUAAAGGAUUUAGGCAAAUUUCCGCUCUUACUCCUUCAAAGCCUCUGCUGACAUUGUUCUUCACUUUGCCUGCAUUUCUCUGCCAAAAGCCUAGAACAAUGCACUGGCAAUCUCUAUCUGCUGAAACUUCUUCCUUAAAGUCCACUGAAAUAUCAGCAUUUAAAUGCAAGUUUGUUUAGUCACUGCUCCUGUCAGCAAAUUCCUUGGGGGGUAAAAAAUUCCAGAUAGUGUAUAUACUUAGUUCUUGGUGAAAAACUGAUUCCUUUACUAAUUCUUAAAGAUUAUUUGCAAGCCAUUAUAUUAAUAAUAAUAAUAAUGUAUCAACCCUUUCUAGCAAGAGUAGCAAAUCCAGCCUACCCCCUAUUUCUGUAUAUAAAGUGUUAUUGGAGCACAGCCACAGCUAUUCAUUUAUUAUCUGUGGCUGCUAUCAAGCUAUAAUAGCAGAGUUGAGUAGUUGCAAUAGAAAACGUAUGGCACAUAAAGCCUAAAAUAUUUACUAUCUGACCCUUUGCAGAAAACGUUCGCCAAUCCCUGUUUUGUGAUGUGCCAAACAUUAUCCUAAUUGUCAUAGCCUCAUUCAUCAUUACCAGUACCCAGUAACUAUGGAUACCAUCCUUCUUCUAGUGGAAGAGAUUGAGAAACAAUGGCCAGAUUAAUGCUGAAUCAAUGAAGGAAAACAGCUCCAUUAGGGACAGAAUUGUUAUUAAAUUUAUAUCCUUGAAAAUUUUAGAAAGAGGAUGAUCUCUUGAAAUCUUUCCAAAUACUGUUACCUUUUUAAAACAAUAAAUAGUUCAUUUCCAGAGUCUGAAAUUGACUAAGGAAGACUCAUCCAAUCUCUUAUUUUGCCUCCAUACAUCCUGAAACGUGAAACUAUCCCAAACAAACAGUCUGGGAUAGCUUGUUCCAAACUAUGACCCAUAAACUACCUGCAUUAGAACAGCCCAGGGAGCUUACAGAAGGGUAGGUUCCUGGAUUUAAAUGUAACAGUAAUUCAAACCAGCUGAAUUGGAAUUUCGGAUGGAAUCUCCAGUCUUGAUAAGCUCCCUAGAAGAUUCUUGGGCACAUUAAAUUUAGAAAUCAUUUGUUUGAGUUCUCUCCAAAAA